GAAUCGGAGAAGAAGAAACUGAAGGCCAAACUCGGAGGAGAGAUCUUGUCGGAGGAACAGAUGCUUUCGGUCCAGACAAUGUGCGAAGAGAUUGUCGGCCAAUUCUUCGAAGCUCCGACGGAGUACUUGAGAAGCGGAGGAUGCUGCCAUUCGAAAUUCGGUGAUAGGCUGCCACGUUUCUUAGCCACAAAACAAAACGCGGUCGCCCGAUGUCGUGGUCUUCCCCACAGCUCGACACGUGUCUCAGAUAUUUUGGUUCCCUGACAAACGACCUUUUGGAUUCGCGUCUGCGAUCCGACACGUGGCUCUUCUAUCUCCGGUUUUUCGCACCAACCAAGACGCUUAGUUAUUCUCUACUCUGACGUCUACACGAAUCUCUGAUGGACACGCGUCCCUCACAACCAAUAGGAAGGCUCCACAUUUAAUGGAUCACAAAACAGACACUGGAUAGCCCGAUGACUCGUGCCAACUCAUAUAUUAGAUCCUCGCCUGGGCGUGUUGAGUGUCGCGACCAUCAAGAAACGCUUGCCGUAGUCAAGAUGAACGAGAAAAGACGGAUCAGAUCGAACCAUUGUCAACUGAGCCAAUGGACCAACUCGGGCGAGUCGGGGAUAGAGAACGAGCGAGUUCUGGCACUCGUCUUCGAGUCCAUGAAAUGGGACAUCCACACGCUCUGCGCCACCGCCUCUGUCAACCGCAAGCUCCAAGCCAUAGCCAGGCGGCUUCUAUGGAGGAUGCUCUGCGUGCACCGAGCGCCGAGGAUGGCAGCAACAUUGUCAAGCACCGACCCCAACAGCCGAAUCGACGACGGAUGGCAGUCGCUCGCCAAGCUCAUGUUCUUCUGCUGCGGGAGCGACUCGACUCGGCAUUUCGAGCUGAGUCAACCAUCGCCGGGUCACUUUAUGAAUGAGUCCCGGUUUUCGAAGACCUCCGGGCGGAGCUUCCUGGCUAAGAAGUGCCAGGGAGAUGUACUGUACGUGAGCGAUCCGUGUGAGCACAGGACAGGGGAGGGAGAGGACGACCUUGGGAUUUUCAGAGGGGUAUUCAGGGGAUUCAUGAGGUCGAAGACGAGGGAGUGUCUGGUGCGAAGGCAGACUAAACUGGAGGAGAAGGUGAGGUGCCCGUACUGCGGGGCCCGCGUGUGGAGUAUGACGGCGGCUCAUCUCGUUCCCAGAAGCGCUGCCCGACGGUUGGGAUCUCGUGACGGAGGGAUUGAAUUCUUUGUGUGCGUCAACGGCCACUUGUACGGCACUUGCUGGCUCGUUCCGCUCUCCUCCGACGAAGACCGGCGAGGGUUCAACCAUGAUGAGGAAGAAGACGAUUUUUGACUAAACAGAGUUUGUAUUUGGUAGAUUUGAUUGUACAGACCGGGUCUAGGUCUGGUCUAGCCAUUCAUGUACGACCACGAGAAAUAAGAGCAUGUAUGCAUAGACA